AUGACGUCCCGCUCGAAGGAAAAGGUUGCCGCGGCAUUCCGAAAGCUGUUUCGGUCGCCGGAGAAGCUCGAUAACGACGGCGCUGGCCCCAGUGGGUCUCCAGCCAGGCGGGGCCUUCUACGCCGACACAGAGAUGGGGUAAGCCCCGCCGAAGCCGCGGUAAGCCUGCCCACAAGUCCUGGAGCCACCUCCAUGGCCAAGAAGAAGUCCAGCGGAGCUGCCGAGGCCCGGGAAAGAGCGGCAGCCGUACGGACGCGCAGACUUAUGAAGGAGCUGAAGGAAAUACAGCGACUGCAGGAGAAUCGGCCCGACCCAGUGUUCACCGUUGAAUUAGUAAACGACAAUCUGUUCGAAUGGCACGUCCGGUUACACCAAAUAGACCCGGAGAGCGACUUGGCGGCGGACUUGCGAGAGCUCCACAUUCCCAACAUAUUGCUGCACCUAAUCUUUCCGGAGAAUUUCCCGUUCGCUCCGCCGUUUAUGCGGGUCAUUGAGCCCCGGAUAGAAAAGGGCUUCGUUAUGGAAGGUGGCGCUAUAUGCAUGGAGCUGUUAACGCCGCGCGGCUGGGCGUCGGCGUACACCGUGGAGGCGGUGGUGAUGCAGUUCGCGGCGUCCGUGGUGAAGGGGCAGGGGCGAGUGGCGCGCGCACCGCCGCGGCCCUCGCGCGAGUUCUCCCGCCGCCGCGCCGAAGAGGCCUUCCGCUCCCUCGUCAAGACCCACGACAAGUACGGCUGGGUAACGCCCGCGCUCUCCGACGGC